AUGGAAACGGCAGCGCAAGAAAUCUUGACGGAUAAAACCAUCAAUCCAGUGUUCCAAAGAGCCUAUAAUGUCAGAGGAUGGGUCAAUACUCGCGCUUACGAAAUAAAGCACGAAAUGGCACUGGUAAGUGCUCUCUACAGCUUGCUUUGAAUAAUCCAAACCCAUAACCCAAGCUUCUCUGCCUUCUUUGUUCGAUAUAUUUGGAAGCAAUACAUGUUGCAGCUUUGUAGCUGUUUGACCGCCCUGGAAUCUCACAUCUAUUGUCGUUUGAUUUCGUCUGAUAUUUUCGCUUGAGUAAGUGAUUUCUAUGAUUCCCAUGAGAUAAAGUGAUUUGCAUGUUCCUCUACCCUCUGUAAAAGUCAAAUGAAGUCUCUUCUGAGCUAGCUGAGAUCAUUGCAGACGGAAAAUUUUGAAAUAUCCUUAAAAUUCUGACCAUAAAUCAGUCUUUGGUACUCGUUUGAAUGUUUCAGGGAGUCCGUUUGAAAUGGAAUGCAAAUGUUAGAGGCCUCGUAAUUUUCGUUCCAAAGAUGAGCGGGGUGAAUAGGCUAACGGUCGACGGAUUCUGAGAAUUAUUUUACUCGGAUAUCGGAUUCAGAGCGAAAUUUGAACGGAUUUGCGGAUCCUAGAAUUGCAGCGUUUCGCGGUUUUAUCGAGUUUUUGGAUCCGGAUUUUGGAUUCUGCUUGUGAGGAUCGGAAGUUCGGAUCGUGGAUCUGAAGGGUAUAUAUCGGCAUAAUAUUUACAUACUGUAAAAUUUUACGCCAGUAAUUAAUGUCGUAUUUUAUUCCAGUCUGCAGUGUUUAUAGUAAGAUUUUACUAGCUAACGGCCUAAUUUCUUCCAGUCGAUACUUUAAAUACUGUAAGACUUAACGCCAGUAACUGACAGCGUAAAUUCUUCCAGUCGGUAGCGUUUGUAAGUAGGAUUUUACGCAAGUAAGGCCUAGUUUAUACGUCGCGCUACGGUCGAAUUUAAUUCAGACGAAUUUAAUUUAAGGUCCCACAAGCAAUUAAAUUCGACGAUAGCGCGACGUCUAAAACGAAUUAAAUUCGUUUGGUAAAUUAAAUUCGUCCUAGACGUUUUAUCCGUCUUGGUAAGACGGAUAAAAUAUCGAUAAAGCGUCUUCAGUUUUAACGUCGCGCUAGCUUCGCGUCGAAUGAAAUGCAUACAUUUUCUUAAUGUAUUUCAGUUUAUUGUGGCGAGCUUUUCAAGUAAUCCGCAUGCGCAGAAAUUCCUCCUGGGCACUUCGGCGCGAGUUUACGUUGUAGUUAUAGCCAUGGCGCUUUGGAGGAAAAGUUUGUCAUUUUCUUGCAGUAAUUGUGAGAGACAAACGAAGUAUUCUUGUAUAACGUGUGGUAAAAGUGUAUGUGUUCGAUCGGAAUGUUCGAUUCCUGAGGUUAAUGAAGAAGCUAUCGGCUCGCAACCAAAUAAACGUGUUGGGUAUUGUCUCAAGUGUGCUCUUUGUACAGAAAAGCUUGUCAAAGAUUGUCAGAGCGAAGUGGAUGACAAAGACCAUGAUUAGAGGGAUCUUACAACAUGUAUUCGCGAAGAAGAAGAAGAAGAAGAGUCAGAUUUCAUCGAGGAAGUUGAAAUGGUGAGUUCUGAAUGUGGGAAAAGGAAGAAAAGAAUUGGGCGGAGAGCGACUUGGAAAGAAGAUCACAUCACUGAUAUGGUAAAUAUCAUUGUUAAUGAUGACCAGCUGGUCAAGAAACUGAUAUUUUGCAAUGCUAAGAAAGCAAGCAACACUGAAGCUUAUGAGAUGGUGCGGAAACGGCUGAACGUCGAAUACAAUAAGACCACCGGGAGUGAUUUUCCUUUCCAAGUGCAACAAAUGAGAAAUAAAUUUAAGUCAUGCAUUAGUACGUGUAAGCAGAUCUGCAUGACAAUGAAAAUUGCUUCAGGUAUUGAAAGGUUUAUUGAAGAACGGGGAUAUGGUAAAUGGUUUGACCUUCUUUAUGUACUUGUUAAAACUAGAGAUUCAUGUCAACGAGAAAAUACAUGUGAACCAUCUGUACAUAUUGGAAAUGUAGACAAGCAAGAUACCAGCAAGAAUGAUCAAGAAGUUGAUGGUGAUGAUGAUGACUGUGCAAGCACUUCAUCCAGCCUUAUGGAUAGCAGUGGAGAAGUCCCAUCCAAGGGUAAACGUUUCUUGCCAAAGAAACCUGCCUCUAAAAGAGCUAAAACUGAGCAGAUGGCAAAAGCUGUUGAACUACUUCAAAGUACUAUUGAGAAUGAUCCCACCAAAGAACUUUUGCAAAUUUUAAGGGAAGAUAUGAAGCAGUCUAGAGGACAGGAAAUGAGGUACAUCCAGUUGAUGUGUGGCCUAAUAACACCCAAGUACCCCAUCCUUUGGGUACACACCAUUGAUGUCAUCUGCUCCAAAAAAUGAUGAGCAGUCUCUCCUACAUCACGUUCAGUCAACUAUGACUUCACAAGGACAAUCUGGUGUUUCACAGUUGUACCAAUUUUGAAAGGGUCUUGGCAUGCACUCUAAUAUUUUAAAGUUAUUUUGGAACUGCUUUGAAAAGAGCCUUCUACACUAUGGUCUUGAAGUGCCUAUAACUCAAAUGAUCUUUUUCCAUUAGCAGAAAUCUCAAUAUUGCACUGAUAUGAUGGUUCAAGAAGUGUAGCAUUUUGUUUAAAUAUUGGUUUUUUAAAACAAUUUGCAAAUUAAGUCUGUUUUUAUCUCAAACACAACCAAGCUGUGAGGGGCAUGGAUCUAUUCCUUGUUCAUGACAUCACAAACUGCUUUGCAGUGCAAAAAUUCUUUGAAAGCAGUCUUUGAUGUCAAACAGGAAUGCAGGAACACAUUUUAAAGCAAAUAUCAACGAGGUGGUGAUCAUGUCUGACCAGUAAGUUUUGUACCAUUAACUGUCAUAAUUGAUUGAAUGAGCUGAUAGCCAACUAUAAGUUGAAAUUGAGACAGUUCCACAAAAUAUUCAUUUCUACCCCCGUGGAUUAAGAGCGUAGAACUCGCGUUCCAGCGUGAAGGCAAGUAGCAGGUUGCCGGAGUUAGCGGAAGUUUGAGGUCUAACAAAAAACUUCACAGGGGCGUUGAAUAUUUUAUGGAACAACACACUGUUGCUUUUAUGAAGUUUACCUGAAAUGUGAAGUGAUUUAUUUGUUACAAUCUAUGGAGAACUUUGAAAAUAACAUGGAUGACAAAAAAAUUGUUUUAAUCACGUCUACAUUUCCAGUUCGUUUGCUUCUUUUUCCUGCCACAUUUUCCUGGUCAAAGCCUCCCUUAUUGCUCCAGCUUUGCGAGAUGAAUCCUUUCUCUUAGGGCAGUUGUGCAUCUGCAACAGAUCUCGUAUUUCUUCUCUGGACCUUUUCUUUUGUGUGAAAGGAUCAAUUGACAAAUCCAGUUAGGCAGGAAGGCUGUCCUUUGUGGUAAUGCAGAUGUUGUGAAGUACAAUACACGCGAGCGCGGCCAGUUUCACCGAAUCUGGUCUACAUUCUAGCUUUCGAUACAAAACUCUCCACCUGCUCUUCAGUUGUCCAUAGACUCGCUCAGUUACCAUUCUUGCGCGGCUUAGACGAUAGUUAAAAUAGCCCUCUUCAGGUGUAAGGCUAGCAAUACCAUAUGGUUUCAUUAACCACACUCUGAAUGGGAAAGCAGAAUCGCCCAAAAUCAUCGGGUAAACCUCGGUACCUUCAAUGACUUGAGAAAUUGAUAGUAUGAUGUUGUUUUCAGUAAUGUUGUGCCACAAAUCAGUGGACUGGAAAAUGAUGGAAUCGUGUGAAUUUCCUGGAAAACCAACACUAGCCCAGAUGAAACGAUCCUGUGCAUCUACAAUGGCCAUCAAUACUAUUGAAUAAAAGUUCUUAAAGUUAUGAUACACUUUACUGGCUUUCAGACCGCCAGGAGGGCACUGAGUGGGGAUGUGGCACCCAUCUACAGCACCCCAGCAGCAGGGGAAUUGCCAAAACGCUGUCAUAUCCACCAUUUUCUCCAUAAUAUUCUGUUUGGUGAUUGGAAAAUGCGCUUGCACCGAAGGUUUCCACAGGUUUCUUAUGAUCCUUCAUAUACCUCCUCUAUGAUUUUGUGAACGGUCGUCACACUAAGGCCAAACAGUUCCGCAAUGGUGUAUAGGUAGUCACCUCUACCUAAUCUGUAAAGACAUAUAGCCAGUCUACAUUCGGCAGAAACGGGCUGUUCUGUGACAAAAUCUUUCUCAAUAUCAGGUCGAAGACUCUUCAAAAUUAAGUUAAACGUAUUCCUUGAUACACGAAAGGUUUUCUUAAAUCUUCCUUCAUCAUAGGACGCCCAGAUCAAUUCCCACCAACCUGUGUUUUUAUGACUGCGACGACAACUGCGAGGUCUUUGAGCGCUAAUUUCAUCUUCACUUGACUGUAACAGGAGACACGUCAGCAAAGUCGUACGAUAAACCUUUUCCUCAUUAACACCAAUGUAACCAUAUUACGCCGUAGUUGACGUCGCCGUUGUCUCUCCCUGGAAAUUUUCUCGAGCAAAAUUGUUUUCAGACCUUUAGCCCGCGCCAUGUUUGUUUCAAAAUGACACCUCUGACCAGAGACACUGCAUUUGGGAAGAGAAUUAAAUUCGACCGUAUUGAUUUCGACGCAUAAAACCACGCCACGAUUUAUGUCGACGGAACGACGAAUUUAAUGGAAUUAAAUUCGUCUGAAUUAAAUUCGACUGUGGCGCGACGUGUAAACUAGGCCUAACUGACGGCGUAAUUUCUUUCAGUCGGUAGUGUAUAUAUGUAAGAUUUUACGCCACUAACUAACGGUGUAAUUUCUUCCAGUCGGACUAUUGUACACUGUAAGAUUUUACGCCAGUAAAUGAAGGCGUAAUUUCUUUCAGUCGGUUGUGUUUAUAUGCAAGAUUUUACGCCAGUAACUAACGGCGUAAUUUCUUCUGGUCGGUUGUGUUUAUAUGUAAGAUUUACUGAUGGCGUAAUUUCUUCCAGUCUGUUGUGUUUAUCUGUAAGAUUUUUCGCCAAUAACUAACGGCGUGGUUUCUUUCAGUCUGUUGCGUUUAUAUGAAAAAUUUUAACGCCAGUAACUGACAGCGUAAUUUCUUCCAGUCGGUUGUGUUUGUAAGUAGGAUUUUACGCAAGUAACUAACGGCGUAAUUUCUUUCAGUCGGUAGUGUAUAUAUGUAAGAUUUUACGCCAGUAACUAACGGCGUAAUUUCUUCCAGUCGGUAUAUUAUAUACUGUAAGAUUUUACGCUAAUAACUAAUGGCGUAAUUUCUUCCAGUCGGUCGUGUUUGUAUGCAAGAUUUUACGCCAGUAACUAACGGCGUAAUUUCUUCUGUAAGAUUUACUAAUGGCGUAAUUUCUUCCAGUCUGUUGUGUUUAUCUAUAAGAUUUUUCGCCAAUAACUAACUGCGUAAUUUCUUUCAGUCUGCUGUGUUUACAUGUAAGAUUUUACGCCAGUAGCUAACGGUAUAAUUUCUUUCAGUCAGUAGUGUAUAUAUGUAAGGUUUUAUGCCAGUAACUAACGGUGCAAUUUCUUUCAGUAGGUUGUGUAUAUAUGUAAGAUUUUACGCCAAUAACCAACAGCGUAAUUUCUUCCAGUCGGUUGUAUUUAUAUGCAAGAUUUUACGCCAGUAACUAACGGUAUAAUUUCUUUCAGUCGGUAGUGUUUAUAUGUAAGAUUUUACGCCAGUAGCUAACGGCAUAAUUUCUUUUAGUCGGUAGUGUAUAUAUGUAAGAUUUUACGCCAGUAACUAACGGUGUAAUUUCUUCCAGUCGGUAUAUUAUAUACUUGAUAAUUUGUACGCGAUAAUUUAAAAAGUGAAAAGUACGAGAUAUAUUUUUUUAUAUAUCAAUUAAUUCAUCAAUUAUUCAUAAAGUUUAACAUGACAAAGGCUUUCACACCAGGUCAGCCCCCUGAUGCCUGGUUAUCAGUUUAUAAAUGUGGGUUGAAAGGCUGUAAAGUAUAAUCUUCAAAAGGUUUACUUGGCUUGGUUUAUUUAAUCAAAUGGCCAUGAUUUGUUCACUCCUUCAUCAAUAUUCAAUCGUGAUUCCAUAAUUCUAGAUUUUACCAUUUUACAUUUGUUUAUUACUCUUGUGAAACCAUAUUUUCAUGUUUUGGGUCAGGAAAUAAAAGGCUUGCCAGAUUACUGUUCACAAAACAACCUGCCACAGCUGAUUGGUCACCUGAGUUCACGUAUUAAAGAGUACAUAUUUUCAUCAUUCUUUGUCAUGAUCAAUGCAGCCCAUGCCAGGGACAAUACUUUUAUGUCCAUGACUUGUUUUCGCCUUGAUAACCACACUGAAAUUUUGUGUAAAUAGAAUUUAAUUUAUCCUCCAAUCAAGGCCAGAGCCCCUCAAGAUGAAGGAGCUCAUGUGGGGCAAAUCACAUGAUGAAUGUCUCAGUGUAUUUUUGUGAAAUACAGUGAAAUACUCAUAAAGUCUUUUAGAUCUUGAAUGAAUUAAAAGUACUAUGAGACUUUAAAUAACCAAUUUUUUUGCCCUCACUGAGACCUUGAACAAGCAUUUUCUAGAGAAAGAUUUUUUUUUGUCUUGUCACGAGCGUGGGAAAAAUUCUGAGUCCAAAUGAGGAAUCGAACCUCAGACCUUCGGAUUCCGAACUGCGAUGAAAGAGGUCUAUUACGAAGUUCAUAUGAUAUGCGUCCUGCAUAUUGCUAGGAUCAGCAAUGUCGAUAUCGUAAUGUUUGUAGAUAGAAAUAAGAGAGAUGGUAAAUUUUGAAAUCGGUAAAGAAACAGAGAAAGAUGUUUUUUUUCAUCUUGUCACGAGGGUGGGAUUGUAUAUAUUUACCAUCCAAAAGAAAGAAAAUGAAAUUAGUGGAAUUAUUCUUCUCAGAACAUUAAAUACAACAUUCACACAUUAUUGUGCUGAACACAAUGUUAUAUUUUCAAAAACAGCUGUGUUGUGUAGGAGCUACACUAAUAUUGAAAGUGCAUUCUUGAAACAAUUUUUAAACUUUAGUAGUUGGAAGUACACUUUCUUAUAAUGAAAUUAAAGCCAAAUUUUAUCUUGCUGAGCAGGUAACUGUUCACAGUUAAACAAACGUAUACAUAAGUGUGUACGUGUCCCAGUAACAGAAGAGUUAGAUAUACCAUUUAAAGUGUAUUUUAUCAGAACUAGUUUCUGUGUGGUCAAAUAUGUGUAUAUAGUUAAUUCAUGUCACUUCAUUGUUACAUUCAGAAAAUCUGUUUCCUUCUGUUAAUUGAUUUCAUUAGCGUAAUCACAGACUUAACACGGCAAAGCUUUGCUGGAGAAAUACAAAAUCAGUUGUUGGAUACUAUACAGUGCGUUGAAAACUGUAAAAUCAUAUUGCCUUUAGGGUGAAAGAAAACCAUUUGAUGAGGUUGUAAUACAUUUUGGAGACCCUCAUGCAUUUGGACAGUCACCUAUCACCUUUGUAAGACAGGUUGGUACAUGUAAAUGCAUGCCAAGAAAGUUAAGCCUUUUUUGGCCGAUGUUAUCUGUUUAGUGGGUUAAAUUCACAACUUCACAUUACUGGACCCUGUUACAACUAAAGUUACUUUUCGGUUGCCUCAUCUCGGCAGACAAAAAUACUGUAAACUCUUUUAUGAGCCUUGCUCUUCAAUAAGCCCUCUCUUUUGUGAACCCCCUUUCUUAUAAGCCACUCUUUAAUAAGCCCUCUCACCCAAAAAAUCCGCCUCUCUUAUUAAUCCCCUCCCAGUUAAGCCCCCCUCCCUCUCUACCAACUCUGCUCCUCAUCCUUUCCCUCGACAAAAUCUUGAAAAAUGGAACGUGGAAAUACGCCAUAUCAUUGUUUAAGUCUGUAUUUGUUACUGUUUCAAAAAACUGAUGGUUUGCACCAAAGUACAUGUAAUAGAUUCUAAUUUUACACAGUAUUUAUUGCAAGUGGACACCAUUCAAAAAAAAAAAAGGAAUCAUUCCAUUGUGGGCCCUCAGUGUGUUUAACUUAACCUCCUCUAUUAUGCUACAUCUCUAAAAAAUGUCUUGGAUAUUUAUCUGAAUGCUUUGGAUAUCUAAUAAUUAGAUUGAUUAGAGUAUAUUCUACCCAUUAUCCAUUAUUUUAAUCCAACAAGAGGACUACUAAGGAAAUUAUUUGUAUCUUUAGUGUUUAGCCUGCCUCCUUUGUCCACAAUUUCUCAAUGACCCACAAUUCCCAAAGGAUGUAAAGGAAAAGGCUCGCAGAAUCCUUAAAGCAACACCAGGGUUUGCCAUAAGUAGGUGGCAAUUUCAUUCUUCUAAAGGUUCUAUGAGUAAACUUAGUAACAUUAUUUUUUGUUCGUUGUUUGACAGUAUUUUCUGCCUUUUUUUUACCCCUUUCUUUACUUUGUGCUACUUUGGGAUAAGCACGGUAGGACUUGAUUUGUGCUUUUGGUAUUUGGUGCUCUAUUGUACUUUUCAACCUUCUUUGUUUUUGAUUUACAAUUUGAUUUUUCUUUUUUGUAAAUGAUUAUUAUUCUAUUCAGAUACCUCAUUUUCAUAACCUCCCUAAACCCAAGGGUUGUACCACAGGAGCAAAACGAAGAUAUAUAUGUAUUUUCUUGAGUUUAUACCAUACAUGUGAAAAGUGUGUUGUGAACCUUUUCAGUUUCUGAGUGGUGCAUACUAAACAGUUUUUCAACUCAGUGUCGGUGAGAGAAGGGGCAGAUCUAGAGAAGGGGUGUAAGAAUUAUGCACCCCGCUUUCCUCACCCAAGUUGGGUCUAAGUUCACCUGACGUUAUUCCCUAGUCAUAAACUUACUUCCAUCUUCGUUGCUCGCUUUUUAAGGCUCAUUUUUACCCUUGGUGCAACGCGCGCCGCGACCCAAUUUCCUAGAACACGAAAUUCCAAGAUUACUGAAAACCUUCUAAAACCGUCUUUCUCAAGAGCCAUGCUGGACAUAUAGUCAAUUUUUUUAUGGUAAAUACAUUCGCUGUCCGUCAUCUUACAGUUUCCUUACAGUAUUUUGAAUUUUGAUUGCUAGAAUCUGAAGAAAAGUUGGUUCAAGUGUCACGCUUGGAUCUCUUCGUGCUCUGUGAAAAGGGCCGGCGAAAAGGACAACGUUCGAACUUUUUCACUUUCUAGAAGCGCUUGUGGAUUCUAAACAAAGAUAAAAUAUUUUCCAAUAUAAAUUUUUUUUUUUCAUAGAGAAAUAUGGAAAAAUAUCAGACUGCCGGGUGUUGAUUUUUUCUAGUUAUUCGGAGGUGUUUGAAGAAAAUUUUCUAAGUGUCACGCUUGGAUCUCAUCAUACUCUUGUUAGAAAUAAUUUCCUAACACUCGUCGUUCAGUUGACUAUUUCUUUUGUUCACUCUUUAUUACGCAAGUUAUUACAACGUAUAGUUAUUUUAAGACCGUGUCCGGCUGCCGGACGUUUAGUCACUUCAUUGCAGGAAUGUCAGCGACACUGACAGCUUGCUUUACAGUUCUUAUUUGCUGCUUUGCAUGGACAACAACCUCGACCACUCUUUCGAGCGCAAGCUCUUCUCCACGGGAAGGAAACUUCAGCUGACUCCUUGGUACUAUUUAACAAGGAUGGCAAACUUUAAUAACAGAAAAUUAAUGUAAGAAUGAAAACGUGGUGGAUCAAAAUUUUCACCUGACCUUCCUCGGAAUGCUCGAAAAGAGUGUCGUGUUCUUUUUCAGCAACAACGGACCCAUAAGCGUUUACUACCUCGGAAUCUACUAAAUCAAUGGAUUCAUCUGAUUCCAUACCGGACUAAAACGUACAGUAUUGUUUUAAACAGAAUUAAACAGAAAACGCAGGAGCUAUUUUGAGACAACGUGGCAAGGUUAAAAUAACUGACCAAUCAGAGGCGCUAUUGAAACAAAAGCUGUGGUUCAAAACAAAAAAAAGCGAACGACCGCGUUGCAUCAAGGUUGGAAAUGGGCCUUUAAAAUCAGUUUACGUCACUCGUCUUUUACGUCAUUCUCUAAUGGUGUACCCACUCCUAAGAAAAAUCUUGGACCCUAACCCCUGGAAAGUGUUUGGAAAUUAUCCACUCCACUGUGGUGGAGUGUAUCUUUUAUUAGGUUCGUACACAAACACUAUUGGAUUAAGACUCAUUCGCGAGGAUGUAGCCAAAUACAUUUCCAGAAGAGAUGGUUACCCAGCUGACGUUGAUGACGUCAUUUUAACUAAUGGAGGGGCAAUAGGAAUCCAGGUGAGAGACUAAAACUCUUUCUACUGGGUUGCAGUUUAUCUGCUGAUCAAAGUCGUGUGUCUGCUUAGUUAUAUAUCAGGUGUAAAACGUGAUGAGGGCGACAUGUGGUUAGAGCGAAAACUGUGGUUUACGUAAGCCGACUAGACAAGUUUGCCAUUUUGAAAUUUAGCGUGACCAUUAACAUUUCAGAGUAGCAACUGUUGCAGAUAUCAGUCUUUUCAGGUUACCUAAAUGCCUCUGACUGCGACAACUUUACUUUUAAAACGAUGCAUAGAGUAGAGCAACGUUUGAGGCAGGACGCCGAGAAAUCAUGUGAAGUAUUUCCAUUUAAGCUUUUCAGUUUCAAAGGGUACAUCGAAGAAGGAGAAGAAAUUCCAAUAAGAUGUACUUAAGUAGCGAAUUUGUAUGGGUAUGUACAAUAUAGACCCGCCUGCGUGCGUUGCGUUGGCUGUAACUUGGUGUGGCAGUGUUUGUGUACUUUAAUUUGGAUGACCAGAAAUACUGCGAUUACCACGCAAGGUUUGUUUCGUCUCUGUGAAAUUUUCAUUUUCUUCGAAAUUUUCUUCUACAGAUAGGCCUAGCAUCACUUGGUACUGAUAUGCCGCACGGCAAACUAAAGCCAGGGCUUAUGAUUCCCAUUCCAGUUUUUCCUCAGUACAAGUCCAGGAUUGUAGAAUUCAACCUCUACGAGGUAAUGCUGACGUUGUGUUGAAUACUUACAUUCCGCAUCUCUUUACUGAUUCAUUUGCAUACUCAGUUUAACGUUUCUUAUUCUUUGUAUCUUAGUGCUUCAUUAUUGGACAAGUAGAACUUAACAAGAGAAAAAAUUAGAAUAGAUAAAGGUCUGAUACCAAUCAGUGAUUCAUGUAGAUUAGAGUUCAUAAGAGUAAUGACCCAGCUUAAGAUUGCUGUACUAAAACUGAUCUUUCUACUCAGAUCCCUUAUUAUUUGGAGGAAGAAAAUAACUGGUCUUUUAACAUCGGUGAAAUGAAGAAAGCCAUAGAUGAGGCCAGGCCGCACUGUGAACCAAGAGGACUGGUACUGAUUAAUCCUGGUAAUCCUACAGGUAAGACGUAUGUUUGUAACCAUGGUAAAUAGUGCUGUGGUUGGAGAUGACCUGAUGUCGAAUGAGUGAAGCAGAAGUGUUUUUUCGUUCUCGAGAAUAAAAACUCCCAGAGGGAAAACAAUUACACAUGGAGAUAAUGAAAAUUAUUCAAAUGGAAGGCAUGGAAAAAAAUAUAUAUUCGGACUGAGCGCCGUCCAGCCUGACAAAAGUUAGUCAAUAAUCAUUUUAUCACAUGACCACUUAGCGUUGAAAAAUUUGAAAAUUUGGUUCAACCUAAGUAGGACGCGAUAUACGGGCGCACGCGGGAGAAUUAUAAAAAAUAUUCGGCAAUUAAAAAAUUUUUGCUUUGUUUUCUCGAGUCAGAGCAAAAAUAUCACAAUUCAUCGAAAGACGCAAUUGUGUUUUUACAUUUUUUUUCCUUCAAGUUUUUGCAAAAAAGCCGUGUGAGAGCGGGCCGAAUGGCUUUUCCCGGAGCGACUCACGUCAAUCCGUCCGGUCGUACACACUUCAGCUUUCACCAUGAUUUUCUAUGGGAUUGCACGCGCGGGGCUAGGCGGGUCAUAUGGUAAUUAUCAACUAUUCACCGAAGUGGAGGUGAAUAGUGGCGGAUACUUAGCUCGCUGCUUCGCGGCUCGGUGGAUAUCCACCACUUGUAAAAAUUAAACUCUUGACGCGUGAUUUUGUCUCAAAGGCUGCUCGGCUGCUUUUGCUCAUUUAUUUAUUUCUAUAUUUAUUACAUUUCCAAUAUUGCCUUUACAGCAGAAUCCACACGUGGCUUAUUGACACACUGUAAAAUUGUUAAAUAGUGGAUGCUGGAGUUGGUGUUGUUAUAAUUCCUGUGUUGUUCAACCGCCAAUUCGUAGGUCUCUUUAGCCUGUGAUUCGUCAUCCAAAUCAAUACCCGUAGGAUGACCUUUGCGUCUAUCUUUCAUAUUCAGGACAGAUUUUAAGCUACGACAACAUAAGGGAAGUCAUCAAAUUUUGCGUACGAGAGAAACUGGUUUUAUUUGCGGAUGAAGUGUAUCAAGAAACAGUCUUUAUAAAGGGAGUCCCAUUCCACUCGUGCAGAAAGGUUCUGAGGGACCUGGGAUCUGAAUACAACGACUUUCAAUUGAUGUCGCUCAACUCCGCUUCCAAAGGAUUUUAUGGCGAGUGAGUGGAGAGGCCACAUUAUGAACAACAGUGCGGCUUAAUUAUUUGUACAAAAUCAUAUUAUCAUCACAUAUUUUAACCCGUGUUUUCAUCUGAAGUUUUCGUUAAGAGACAGGGAAGGAAGGGGGACUUCACGGGUUGUUUGCGGUACGCCAAAAAUAUGUUUUAAGAUGUUCAACGUGAAAUUUCUUUACAAGAUUUCUUAGCUUUUGAGUUCGUGAACGCGAUAUUUAAAAGAAAAUAUUCAAGAUGAAGGAUAUAAGCAAUUUUAACAUUUCGUGUACUAACGCACAGUUUACCCCUCAACGUUUUCGCAAAUUUACAAAAAAAAUCGAACAAAAUUUAUCGUGACUUGACCUUAUUCCACAUUUUUCUACCAGGCAGGAAUAGUUGAUAAGGUUUACACUGCUUAAAUUGGGGCGAAAGAACGAUAUGCAAACGCAGGGUAAAUACCGAAUGACAUACAUGUUAUUACGCAGGGUAAAUACCGAAUGACAUGCAGGUUCUUAUAAGAAAUAUUUUCACUCUCCUUAAAGAACAUUUCAUUUAUUUUAUUUAUUUAGAUGUGGCUUGAGGGGAGGGUAUCUUGAGCUGGUCGGAUUCAGUAACGCAGUCAAAUCACAGUUUAGAGAUAUGAUGUCGCCUAAUGGUAGUGGCUCGACUAUUGGGCAGGUAUUAGUAAAGUUUCUUAAUUUCAAACAUGUAAAUAACCACAUGAUAAGGCAUUCAGUUGAACAGCAUGCCAAACCGUUUAGCCGUCCAAUGAGUGUUAUCUCUUUUCACAAAAUGGGAGAUUUCACAUACAGAGGGAAGUACCAAACCACGCACCAGUACAUAUAUCUGCUGUACUGAAACGGCUUUUUGACUUCUAUUCAAGGACUGAUGGGAAAGUGAAACGUUACUUGAGAAAAAUACAAGAACAAAAGAAUUUACUUAACCUCGCUUGAUUUUUCUUUCUGUUUUUAAGGCUGCCAUGAGCUUAAUUUGUUGUCCGCCUCAGCCUGGAGACGAGUCGUAUGAAAUUUUUAUACAGGUUUGUAGCGACUAUCUGGACCUUUCCUAACUUGCUGACAAGGAGAACUUGUUUAACAAUCAAGACCUUCUUUAGUUGAUGAUCAUUUCCUUUAUUCUCGUGACCUUAAAGUGUGACUCAGGGGUGAUAUUGUAAGGAGAAAUUAGAUGCAAGUCACUCUUAGGGGUUAAAAGGGUUAAAAGACUUUGUUUGCUGAUUUAGAUUAAAGUCAUGUUUGCUAAAUAAUUAUUGCGUAGUUAUACUGAAUAAAGUAAUUUUUUUACGAUUUUAAAAUUUGUUGCGUGAAACUCAUCAGAGACCAAAAUCAGUCAAUGAUGGUGAGGCAAACAAAUUUCCGUUUGUUUCUAAGGCUCGUAACAUAUGUACUUUGAACCUUGGAAACAAACGGAAGUUUAGGCCCGUGUUGAAAACAAAAAGAUUCCGUGACACUACAAUCAGUUAGUUAAUCGGAAUUUUAUAUUUGAUCGACAUAUUCUAUUUAUAAAUGUACCAGAUGUACAAAACAAUUUUUUUAGAAACGUGGUUUAAACCAUUUGUAAUUCUUUUUAAUGUUAUUAUAAUUAUUAUUAAUAUUAUCCUAUGUAAUAAUCAUGUAAUUCAAUUUUUUAGUUGCGAAGCGAUUAUAAAUCUUAUCUAUACUUAACUCUCUAUCUCUCAUGAUCCUAUGAGAGACUUCGAUAUAUUUGUAGCUUUGUUUUGUAGGAGAAGACGGCCAUUUUGGAGUCUUACGAAAGGAAAGCGAAAAUUACCACUGCAAUGUUGAAUUCUUUAGAAGGAGUGACGUGUAAUGAAGUAACUGGUGCCUUGUAUGCUUUCCCCAAAAUUCGUCUUCCACAAAAAGCUAUCGAGGAAGCCAAGGUGAGGAAGUGAGCUAUGGAUGUGACGAUAAGUUUACUCGCUAUAACUGAGCAGGUACACAAAUGUAUUUUAAAGGGACGAACCUUAUUUUUUUCUCAGUUCGUGAGCGGGCGGUAUUCUACAAAUCCUACGAUCUGAUUGGUUCCGAGAGCAGGCACCAGUCUCCUAUCCGGCCCGCUCUCAGCUGAUAGCGGGCGGUAUCUGUUUCCUGUUGAGUCGCUUUGCAGAACGUCUGUAGCUUCGUUGUAAUUAUUCAUUUUUUUGCCAGCUGGGCAGCAUUUUUAAACGAAGACUUCGUUCACGACCUUUAACCGAUAAACUAUUCAUUAAUUCUCUCUCUCUCUCUCUCUCUCUCUCUCGCUCUCUCCCCCUCCCCCCCUUCUCUCCUUCUCUCCUUCUCAAAUCACUUCAGUUUUUCCGCAAAAGUUAAUUUCAAGGUGAUUUUUUUCAAAUCAAAGGUUCUUUUUGAAGAUAUUGACACGCGGCCUAAAAACCGUCUGUAAUUUAAACAUACUUCACAUAAAGUAACUCAGAAACUUGUAACGAGAGGUAUUUGGGAUAGAAAAUUCCAUUAAUCAAUGUAACUUUCAUUCAAUUAAUAUCUGAAUUCUCCAAAACAAAUUGUUAGUUGUAAAACGUUGAACGAAGUGUUGAAGUCACCUUCAAAUUUACUUACGCUAAUUCUAAGCAAGUCCCUUGAAUUUUGACAUUUCCAUAAUUGAACUGAGAAACCGAAGCAAUUCGAUAAGUAAAAUUCGCAUUAAAUCCCCUUGUGUCUAGCUGGAAAAAGCGUCUCAUUUGACUUAAGUUAACGUUUUAGGUAAAUCUUCGAAAAAGGCUAGAAGAUAAGAGGUAAAUCUUUGAAGAUUAAUCCUCGUUUUAAAUGAAUAAUACUUUCUGUAAGAUCUCUGAGCGGUUUUGAAGAAAAAAUCGUCGUAAGUAAGGCUGACAGUCUGUGUUUGGCACCUCAUCUAUUUGUGGACACUACUUUGUCAUUUGCCAACUUGGCGUCCAUCAGUGGGGAAAGGGUUGCGUUACGAGAAGAUCAUUUCUAUUUCUUUGAAUCAUUUCCGUUUCUCUUUAGCGUAAUAACCAUAACCCAGACGGCUUCUAUUGCUGGCAGUUGAUGGAAACAACCGGAAUAGUCCCCAUUCCCGGUGAAAACUAUGGACAAAAGGAAGGAACAUACCAUUUUAGGUCAGUUUCAUUUUUCUGUGUUGUCCAUGAGAUGAGCAGCCCAAAUACAAAUACAGAGUUUAUAUCUUUUAGUGGGUAUUCUACAAUUUGCAAUCAUAGGCUUGCCUCCUUUCCACUUGUUUUGUUCCUAUUUUCUUCUACUACAGAUUGACAAUUCUACCCUCUGAAGAAAAAAUUGCUCCUAUGUACGAAAGGCUGAGCAAGUUUCACAAGGAAUUCAUGGACAAGUACAAGGACAACAAAGAAAACUAA